AAACAUUCAUAACAACCAGAGGCAUCUUUUGAAAACGGACCAAAUUAAUUUGUAUUCCCAAUAUAACGGAUAGAAUCUUAUAGAUAUUAUAGAUACAUUCAUACAGGGUUUGUCCGGAAAGUAAUGUCAGUGAUUUUUUUUUACGCGACUGAUCGUCAGAGCGCGCUCGGAUCGGUUGGGAAUGGUAGAGGGGGAAGUCAGCUAACGAAUUUUGAGUCACUCAGUAUUCUCCCGCCCCAGCCGCAUAGUAAGGACAUGCGUUUCCGUGGAAGUCGUUUUGUGACCUCGUGCAAGUAAAAAUGCAACGCUCGUUAGAACAAAGGAUGGCGAUCAAGUUUUACGUUAAACUUGGCAAGACCGCGGCGGAAACUCUCCCAAUGAUCAAGACAGCUUUUAAAGAAGAUGCUCUGUCGGAUCGGCAAGUGUUCCGGUGGCACAAGGUUUUUUCGGAAGGCCGGGAAGAGGUCGACGACGAAGCCCGCGCUGGACGGCCAUCGACGAGCACCACGGACGACAAUGUGACGCGAGUGAAAGAACUUUUGAACACAGACCAACGAUUGAAUGUCCGUUUACUGUCACAGUUAUUAGACAUUCCGAAAACUAUCGUUCAUGAGAUCAUUAGGAACAAUUUGAACAUGCGGAAGGUGUGCGCAAAGAUAGUCCCAAAAGUGCUCACCGACGACCAAAAAUUGCGCCGCGUUGAAACGUGCCAAGAAAAUCUGGACAUGUGCGAAAGUGAUCCCGAGUUUUUGAACAACGUCAUUACCGGUGACGAUUCUUGGGUAUUUGAGUACGACCCGGAGACGAAAAGACAAUCAUCAGAGCGGCACACGUCGUCGUCCCCUCCCCCCAAGAAAGCCAGGAUGAGCAGAUCCAAAAUCAAGACGAUGCUCAUUGUGUUUUUUGAUAUCAAAGGACUGGUCCAUCACGAGUUUAUACCGCCUGGUACAACUGUGAACGCUAAAUUUUAUGUCGAAGUGCUGAAGAGACUGAAACGCAGGGUUCAACGCGUCCGGUCGGACAUCGCAAAGGACUGGAAGUUGCAUCACGACAAUGCGCCGGCCCACAGCUCCUUCCUCGUCACCAACUACCUGGCCAAAGCAAGAGUGCCAACGAUUCCCCAGCCUCCGUACAGUCCGGACGUUGCUCCCCCCGACUUCUUUCUGUUUCCACGCCUGAAAGGACCCAUGAAAAGAAAGCAUUUCGAAACCAUUGAGGGGAUCCAAGCAGCUUGCACCGCGGCUUUAAAGGACAUUCCGGAGGAGGCCUACCGUAGCGCAUUCGAUGCCUGGAAAACUCGCUGGAAGCUAUGUGUCAACGCAGGAGGAGCCUAUUUUGAAGAAUUUUGAUGUGUUGUAACGAAAAGUUCAAUAAAUUUUUUUUAAUCAACUCAAUGACAUUACUUUCUGGACAGACCCUAUAUAGAUAUUAUUAUUAGAUAUUA